AUGGCUUCGUUGCAGGAGGCAGGGAUUUCUUCUCGCCCUUUUCCUCGCCCGGCGCUGUGGAGUACGGGCCUGGAUUUGCUCGUGAGUGAGAGGAGGAGGGGUAAUAGAGUGAAGGAGGCGCACGGGGAGAAGAUGGCUGCGGAAAUGGUGAAGGCGGCGACGAGUGACAAGCUCAAGGAGAUGGAUUGGGCAAAGAACAUCGAAAUCUGCGAGCUCGUGGCGCAGGAUCCUGGGAAAGCGAAGGAUGUGAUCAAGUCCAUAAAAAAGUCUAUAGGGAGCAGGAGCAAGAGCACUCAACUCUUUGCUGUUAUGCUAUUGGAGAUGCUUUUGAAUAAUUGUGGAGAGCCUAUCCAUAGGCAGGUCAUCGAUAAUGGGCUUCUUCCGAUACUUGUGAAGAUAGUGAAGAAAAAGACGGAUUUACCAGUUCGAGAAAAAAUAUUUCUUCUGUUAGAUGCUACACAAACAUCCCUUGGUGGAGCUAAAGCAAAGUUUCCUCAGUACUAUGAGGCAUACUAUGAGUUGGUGUCUGCUGGUGUGCAAUUUUCAAAUCGCCCAAAUGUUGUUGUCACACGAGCAGAAGUGCCAGUCCCCGAGACGAGAACAGAACGAAAUAAUGAAAGUUUGUUGACCCGAUUGAAUGAAGCUCAACAGGAAGUGCACACUCAGCCUGCUCCUGAUGCAAGUAUAGUCCAGAAAGCCUCUAGUGUCAUGGAAGUAUUGAGGGAUGUGCUUAAUUCUAUGGAUCCUAGGCACCCUGAGGGAGCAACAGAUGAAUUUGUGUUGGAUCUUGUCGAGCAAUGUACGUUUCAGAAGCAACGAAUAAUCCACCUUGUUAUGACAUCAAGGGAUGAAAUGGUGGUAUCACAAGCUAUAGAGCUAAAUGAAGAGCUACAUAAGGUCCUUGUCCGGCAUGAUGCGUUGCUUUCUGUUCACCCGACAACAACAGUAGCUUCUAAUAUAAAGGAGGAAGUGGAGGAAGAGGAUGCUGAAAGUCUCUAUCGGAGACUGCGGAAGGGGAAAGCUCUGUCACAGGACUACACAGAUGACUCGGUGCCGUCAUUCCGAUCCAUGCCCGAGGACAAGCUGCGGCGGCCGCUGACCAUCCAGUCGCCUCACCCCGACAAGAGACUGGGUGCGCUGAACAUCCGUUUGCCGGACCGUGAGGAGGCAAGGCCUGAUCCUGCUCCGCUGAUCCCGCCACCACCUGCAAAGCAUGCCGAGAGGGAGAGGUUCUUCCGGGAGAAGAGCAUCGACGGCGUGGCCAGCCUGCCGGGCCACCUGAGGGGCCUGUCACAGCACAGCCGGGAUGGCAGCAGCUCAUGUAGUGGCAGCACUGAUUACAGCGACUGA